UUAUCUAAAGAUAAAAAGAAGUUAAAGGAUCAUACUGUAAAUUAGUAAAACAUUUUUAACCAAAGGGACGUAAACUAUAUAUAUAGCAGAUUACUACCUAUUCAAAAGAAUCCUUUCUAUUUACACCCCUCAAUAAUUCAAAAACCUAAACAGCAGAGAAGAAGCGAGUCGCCAAAAUUUUCCCACAUUUUCUCGAGAAAAAAAAUCAGCUGAGAAAAUGAGAGAGAUCCUUCACAUCCAAGGAGGCCAGUGCGGAAACCAGAUCGGUGCCAAGUUCUGGGAAGUCAUCUGCGGCGAGCACGCCAUCGACCCCACCGGUCAGUACUGCGGCGAAACGGAUCUCCAGCUCGAGAGGAUCAACGUCUACUACAACGAAGCCAGCGGCGGCAAGUACGUCCCACGCGCCGUGCUCAUGGAUCUGGAGCCUGGGACGAUGGAUUCCCUCAGAUCCGGGCCGUUCGGUCAGAUUUUCCGGCCCGAUAACUUCGUGUUUGGGCAGUCCGGCGCCGGGAAUAACUGGGCGAAGGGGCAUUAUACGGAGGGAGCUGAGUUGAUUGAUUCGGUGCUUGAUGUUGUGAGGAAGGAAGCUGAGAAUUGCGAUUGUCUUCAAGGUUUUCAAGUGUGUCAUUCUUUGGGAGGAGGAACUGGCUCUGGGAUGGGAACGCUUCUUAUCUCUAAGAUAAGAGAGGAGUAUCCUGACCGUAUGAUGAUGACCUUUUCGGUUUUCCCUUCUCCUAAAGUCUCAGACACUGUUGUUGAGCCGUACAAUGCUACACUCUCUGUUCACCAGCUUGUUGAGAAUGCUGAUGAAUGUAUGGUUUUGGAUAACGAGGCUCUUUACGAUAUCUGUUUCCGCACCUUGAAGCUCUCUAAUCCUACUUUUGGUGACCUUAACCACCUCAUCUCAGCCACCAUGAGUGGUGUCACAUGCUGUCUCCGUUUCCCUGGUCAACUAAACUCCGACCUUAGGAAACUCGCUGUGAAUCUCAUCCCUUUCCCAAGGCUCCACUUCUUCAUGGUGGGUUUUGCGCCGUUGACGUCAAGAGGGUCUCAACAAUACAGCGCCUUGAGCGUCCCUGAGCUAACCCAGCAGAUGUGGGACGCCAAAAACAUGAUGUGCGCAGCUGACCCUCGUCACGGCCGUUACUUGACAGCUUCUGCCGUCUUCCGUGGGAAGAUGAGCACUAAAGAGGUUGAUGAACAGAUGAUGAAUGUUCAGAACAAGAACUCGUCCUACUUUGUUGAGUGGAUUCCGAACAACGUGAAGUCAAGCGUCUGCGAUAUAGCUCCCACGGGUUUGAAAAUGGCGUCGACUUUCAUAGGGAACUCGACUUCGAUACAGGAAAUGUUCAGGCGUGUGAGUGAGCAGUUCACUGCUAUGUUCAGGAGAAAGGCUUUCCUUCAUUGGUACACAGGAGAAGGAAUGGAUGAGAUGGAGUUCACGGAAGCUGAGAGUAACAUGAACGAUCUUGUGGCAGAGUACCAGCAAUAUCAGGAUGCUACGGUGGGUGAAGAAGAGUACGAAGAGGACGAAGAAGAGUAUGAGGAAGAAGCUUAAGAAGACAUGAUUGAUAACUACUACUAGUACUACUUUUGUAAGGCUUCACCCAAGCAAAAGUCUUUUAUCUUUGUUUUAUGUUUGAAUUUUCUGUCUUUUGUGCUUUGUGUGUUUUGUUAUUGAAUCUAUUCUAAAAAAAGUGAAAAACUAAAAUUUGUUCUA